GCAGUGCCGUGAGUGGGUGGGUCUUACAAAGUUUCACACACACCUGAUUCAGAGCCUGAGCAGCUGCUACCUGCGUGAACAACAGAAGCUUCAUCUGAAGAUCAUGAGUUUACCUGACUAUAAAUCGCCUGGGCAGCAGUCCUCAGCGCCUGUGCAGUCGAAAUCCCAAGUUGUGCAGCUGAACAUCGGCGGUCAUGUCUUCAGCACCACUCUGGGAACCAUCCGUAAGUUCCCAAACUCCACACUGGCGGACCUGUUUAACGGAUCAACCAAACGGAUGGACUCUGAGGGCCGUCACUUCGUAGACCGUGAUGGGACUUAUUUCAGGUACAUCCUCGAGUACCUCAGAAUGGAGAAACCUCCUACUGAACACCUGCAGGAGGUGCAUAAAGAGGCGCUUUACUACGACAUCAAACCUCUGGUCAAAGCCAUCGAGGAGACGCCGUUGUUCUUCGGAGAGACGGUCGGGAGACAGCAGUUCUUGGCCCGUGUGCCGAAUUACCGUGAAAACCUGGAGGUGAUCGUGAGGGUGGCCAGAGCCGAGGCCAUCGCCUCACGCUACUCCAACAUAAUCGUGUGUGUGGUGAGGACAGAAGAUGAUUUAGCCAGAUACAACAACGCUAUCGACAGUCUCGGCACCCCGAGAGAGUCCGUGGUGAGCUUCGGUCCGUGGAAAGCUCCCGCGUCAGUGGAAGACCUGUUAGAUUGCGUCAAAAUGGACAUAGAAGCCAGAGGAUAUAAACUAAAGAUCCAACCACACAGCAUAGACAAAGGGUUUCUCUUCAAGAGCUACGACUUCUUCUAUAAACUGAUUUUCACUUGGUGGUGAAGAAUGUCUGGCCCAAGUUCAUGACCUGGAAACAGGGAUUUAAAAAGUCAAGGAAUGUUUCAUAUAUUAUAUAAUUAAUUCAACAUGAACAGCUUCUGUUCCUUUAGCAGACCCACCUGUAUGAUGGUGUUCUUAUCUGUCCGUGUCUGUUGAACCCUUGUUUAAUAUCGUCUCUAGUUGUACAGGCCUGGUCCUCGGCGUCUGCACUGAUGAGUCUGAAAGUUUUAAAACAAUAUUCUGGUUCAAUUUAAGAUUUAUCAGCAGCAUUUGUGGCAUGCUUUGGAUUACAACAGAAUCUUAUUUUGACUAAAUUGUGUGUACAGAUAUUCACUAAAAAUAAUGUGGGUAAAUGCAUAGUUUUGUUGAGCGCAGAUGCUGCAGACAUUAAUUUGCAUUUCAUUUAACCACCAACACUUAGCUUUUGGUCCUAAGGGAUGUUUUUGGCUCGUUUAUUUGUCCAUAUCUGAGAAUUGCACCAUUUUAUGCAUGCAGCUUUUAAUAUUUAUUCAUUUGGCUGAUGCUUUUAUCUAAAGUGACUUGCAUUGUAUUCAAGGUAUGCAUUUUAUCAUGUAUUCCUAAUGCAUUAAAUAAGAAUGUAAAAACAGGUCCACUUCAUAUAGCAACAUUUUUUUUAUCUUUUUAAUUUUUGUGUAAAUGUGUAAAUCAUAUGUCUGUUUUAACUUUGUACAUCAUGUGUUUAUUAUGUGUGUGUUUUUGUCCUGCCAAGUCACUUUCCUGGUGCAUAUUAUUAAAGAUGCAAAAUAAUAUUAAGAAAAAGUGACGUGCUAUUUCCAGCAGUUGUGGGAUCAAACUCAGAAAAAAAAAAUCAAGAAUAUUUGUAU